GUUGUUUCUCCUUUUAGUAAAGAUGAUGUCCGAAAAAGCCAUGGCUAAAGUAAUGAUCAUCAUGCUGGCAGUUUGUCUUCUCACCCAAACAGAUGGGAAACCUGUUAAGAAGAGAGCUGUCAGUGAAAUACAGCUUAUGCACAACCUGGGCAAACACCUGGCCUCUAUGGAGAGGAUGCAAUGGCUGAGAAAGAAGCUGCAAGAUGUACACAAUUUUGUUAGCCUUGGAGUUCAAAUGGCGGCCAGAGAAGGUGGUUACCAGAGGCCUACCAAGAAGGAGGAAAAUGUCCUUGUUGAUGGCAAUCCAAAAAGUCUCGGAGAGGGAGACAAAGCUGAUGUGGAUGUAUUGGUUAAGGCUAAACCUCAGUAA